AGACAGCUGACAGAAUUUAUGAAACGCGGAUUAAAUUUUCUCGGCGACUAUAAAAAGAAAAUGAUUAUUUUUUAUUAUUCAUUCGAUAAUUAUACGUGAUUCAAUUAAAAUCUGGUUGAAGAAAUACUUGAAGUUCUUUUUAUCAAUAAGUUUUAUUUUACAAAAGUGUUUAAAGGUUGAAAAAAAGAAUUUAAAUAAUCCGAAAUUGUUGAAAACUAAAUUGAUCUUAAUUUUAAUUUUUUUGUGAAAAGUUGAUUUUUUGGGCAAAAUGAGUGAUUCUGAUAAUUGGUUUGAUAAGGAUAUUGAGGAAUUUAAGGCACCAGUAAGGAAAAUCGAAGCAAAAGAUCCUACAAGAGACUCCCAGGAAGAUUUGGAAGGAUCAGGAGGAAGUUCAAGCGUACCUUUUGUACCUCCAGGAGAAGAUUACGGAGGAAGCUACAACGUACCUAUGCCGACAAAGACACCACAAACUAAUGCAAAGCAAAGCAAGAAAUCAAAGAAAAAGGAAGAAGGAGCAACUGAAGCUUCUGCAGUCUUACCAAUUCCUCCGAAAAAAUUGCAAGGGAUCGUAGAAAUGGAUUCUGUGGAUAUUUUUGUCGAAAUUAUGAGCAAAUUAGAGAAUUUCACCGUAAAUGCAUUUGAAAUGGACAAGUCAUUCAACACUACAAUAAUUUUGAUAAGAAUUCUUGCAAAAAUUCAUGAAAUUCCUCUAAAUUACAACGUUGAACACAUAAUGAAUCAAAUAAUGAAACCCAAUGAUGCUCUUCUGCGGGAUAUCCAUUCAUACGUGGUAUAUGCCGCUGAUCUGGAGGAGAAAAAUCUCCCAAAUUUACUCUCAAAUGCCCAUCAUGUUUGGAAUGAUUUAGAAAUCAUUUGUAUGUAUGGCGUAAAAUAUCGCGGAGGGGAGAAUUUGUGGGAAAAUCUUGCAAGAAUGAUUUUCAACGUCCUCAAAGAGAAGAGUCAAAGUUCACUUUUGGACAGGAGUAUUGUCUUUGGGAAGAUUCUCGAAGACAUGGCGAGUAAUUACUUUUACCCCGAAGCCAUUUGUGGGAGUUUGAGGGAGGUAAAUGAGCUGGAAGACUUGCCAAAAGUUAAGCGUGGCAAAAAGGCGGAUACGCAGAAAUACCUGGAAUACCAUUUUUUGCAUCUAAAAAGUAUCUUUAUGCAGCAGCUCCACAAUGGGGUAAAGAGUCUUCGUCUUUGUGGUGAUGAAUUGAAGAGUGGGGCUGUUUUGAGGGAUGUCGGUGGUACAAAUGUCUUUCCUUGCGUUCGAAUUCGCAAGAGUUUCUUCCAAUUUAUGGCCUUCAAGGAUAAAUACUUUUUGCUUGAUUUGGCGCCUCACAUGAGGAAUGAUGAACAUGCAAUACCCGAUGAUGUGAGAAAGGAUGUAACAAGCCGAGAGUUUCUCCUGCAACCUGGAUCUCUUAUCUUCCUUUCCACAUCUUCAGCCUUUGAGAAUAUGAUUGUGGCAGAAAUUCCCUACCUUCCGGAUGAGAUACAGAAAGAAGGAUUCCUAAUUAUUGAUAUUCUCCAAAUGGAAAAUAUUGAGGAAUGCAUUUUGAAUAGAGAUCUCAUUCUUGUGACAAUUCCCAUUUUAUUUGAACCAAUCUAUCAAAAUCUCAAAGCUCUCAAGAGAUUUUCAACUAAAACCCUCCCAAUGGGGGAAUACUUUGUUAAUUACGAAAAAUCACCCCGUCUUCCCGAUGGAAUUUAUAAACAGAAAAACUUUGAGGCAUUGGGAAUGAAUGAGAAGCAAUUUGAGGCAUUCACGUUAGCGCUCACGCAAAAAUUGAGCCUUAUUCAGGGUCCCCCUGGUACGGGGAAGACAUCAGUUGCCCUCAAUAUUGUUCAACAUCUCCUCCCAAACACUUCCUUGAGGAUUCUCGUUGUAACCUACAGGAAUUUAGCAUUGGACAAAUUUCUUCUUGAAUGUUCGGCAUUUACUGAAAAAAUCGUGAGACUGGGUCAUCAAUUUGCCGAUCCGGCAGUUAAGAAAUUUUCUCCAGAUAAAAGUCUCCUUGAUCAACGAUAUCGGCAUAUAAAAUGGAAAUCCUACAGUGAAUACAGAGAAAUAAUGGAAAAGUUUGUGGAUGAAAUGAAAUGCCUCGAUGUGGGUGAUUCAAAGGAAACAAUUUUAGAGAGUUUCAACAACUUGCGAAAAGCAACAAUGAGAUUGAAUCAACUUUCAACACUCGAUAUGUACCACAGUUGUCGUGAUGCGAGGAUUAUUGGAAUGACAACGAGUGGUGCUGCAAGAAAUCAUGAAUUACUGGAACUUCUUCGGCCACAAAUUGUGAUCAUGGAGGAAGCUGCUGAAGUACCAGAAUCCCACAUAAUUACAACACUAACUGAAUUUACAGAGAAACUUAUCCUUAUUGGUGAUCAUAAACAACUAUUUCAUAAUUUUGAUGCAAAUCUCUAUAGUAGUAACUACACAGAAUCACUUUUUGGCAGAUUAAUUGGAAUUGGUGUGCAAAAUGUCUGCCUCAACGUUCAGUACCGCAUGCAUCCUGAUAUUGCUGAUUUAAUCCGUCCAACAAUAUACAAAGGCCUCAAAGAUGGUGAAAAUGUAAAGCAGUACAAAGCAAUUAAGGGUGUUGUGAGAAAUCUCUUUUGUAUUUCGCACAAGAACCUCGAGAGUCUUGCAGAGGAACGUUAUGCCAUGUUAAAAAAGGAAUUUCCCAUGGGAAGAAACGCUUCGACGUCAAAAGAAAAUUUCUAUGAAAUGCUCUUCACUGUGGGCUUGGCAAAUUACCUCCGGCAGCAGGGCUAUCAAUCCCAUGAAGUUGUCAUACUUACAACGUAUUCUGGCCAACAGGCUGCUACUGCAUCCAUUCUCAUGCAAUUCCCAUGGCUGAAAGAGGUUGAGGUGCACACAGUUGAUAGUUUUCAGGGUCAGGAGUGUCGGAUUGUGAUUCUUUCCCUCGUAAGGAGUAAUCAAGAUGGAAAUAUUGGAUUUCUCAUUAAUGAGCAGCGUCUUUGUGUUCUCCUAACACGUGCCAAAGAAGGACUCUAUAUUGUUGGCAAUAUGGAUCUCUUGGUAAAGAAGAGCGACAUUUGGGGGCAUAUUGAGAGGAAACUUAAGGAAAAACAAGCAAUUGGACCGGGUCUGCCAAUUAAAUGUGAAAAACAUUCAUGCGAAAUGAUUGCAACCGGAAUGGAGGAUUUUCUGAAAUUUUCCCGAGAUGGAUGUCCUGUCGGAGAGAAGUUGCCUAAACUUACAAAAAAUCCCUGCCUUGACAAUUUGUAAAUUUUUAUAAAUAAAAACGAGAUUUUUGAUCAGAAA